AUGCGUGCAUCAUUCAAAUCCUUCCUCACGCUCACCUUGGCAUCUCUCUCCCUCGCAGCACCAGUCCUCGAGGAACGUCUCGAAAAACGCCUCGAGGAGCGUGCUGUCGAGCAAGGCUGGGAAAUCCACGACCUCGAAGCCUUCCAAUCCAGCGCCAACUCCGCUUACUGGGGCUACAUCGAAUUCACCCUCGUCGACAAGAGUCCCGGCCUCGAGCUCAGUAUCUCCUGCAGCCAAGUCUUCAAGCCGGGCGAGUCCAUCACCGGCGGACCCUACGCUUGCAACCCGUCCGCCGAGGCCCAGUCCGUCCGCUUCGAGUACUACCCGGACCGCUUCAAGGUGCAGCGGAGCUACCAGGACUGCGAGGUUGGUGGCUUCGUGACGAGUUUCGGCGAGGCGGCUCUUGCGACUGAGACGGAGGUCCAGCCGGAUUGGAACGUGGCGUGGCAGGAUCUUGUGGAGGUGCCGGCGACGUCGAUCAUCUCGUAUGCAUGCCUCUGA